AUGGCGGUACGAGAGUUGGUUCCGGAGUCUCAAGCGUAUAUGGAUUUACUUGCUUUUGAGCAGAAAUUAGAUGCUACAAUCACUCGUAAGAAACUCGACAUCCAAGAAGCACUUAAAAGGCCGCAAAAGGUGAAGAAGAGACUUAGAAUCUACAUUUCCCAUACUUUCAUAGCGGGAAAGGAACCAGAGAAGGAAGGAGAAGAUGGCACUGUUCCGAUGUGGGAGCUUCGUGUUGAAGGAAGACUGAUUGAAGACCAGGUUGGUUCAAAAAUGACUUCAACCCUACUGUUGUUGGUUUUUAUAUGAUA